AUGUACUCAGUGAGCGAGCGAGCCGCGAGAUGGACGGCGGGCGUCCUCACAGACGCGAGAUGGCGCGCACAUUUUACUACGAUCAACGGAGCCUCUACUCGUACAUCUACAACGACUUACAUAAUGAGAGUCCGCGGUGCGAACACUAUGGUAAUGCGGCAGUAUCAUACAUCGGCGAGCCGUCGCCGGCGCCCUCUAUCGGUGACAUCGCAGACCGCGGCGCCAGACAACGCGCCCGCGCCCGCGCCCGCAACAUCGCCCGCCCGUAAUAUUCGCCUGCUUGACACUCUAUCGGCCUUUUUGUACUGUCUAAACAAAAUUCAACGUCUACGUGAAACGCUACCUCCGGUAUGA